AUGUCAUUUUAUGGUUCUGGAAGUAAUACAUCAUCCACAGGUUCGACUAUUGCUACGACUAAAGAUAUGGAGAAUGAUAUAGUAGUAAACAAUGCUGCUGAGGACUCAAUUUCUGAUAUCGCAUUUUCUCCUCAGAGUGAUUUUUUAUUCAGUGUCAGUUCAUGGGAUAAUAAAGUUAGAAUAUGGGAUAUUCAAGGAGGUGUAGCUCAAGGAAGGGCUCAAUUCGAGCAUGCCAAGCCAGUCUUAUGUACAAGAUGGUCACUUGAUGGUUCCAAAGUUGCUUCAGGAGGUUGUGAUAAUAUAGUUAAUAUGUAUGAUGUUAAUAGUGGGCAAAGUCAACAAAUUGGAACUCAUUCUUCAGCAAUUAAAAGUUUAAGAUUUGUACAAUGUGGUCCAAGUAAUCAAGAGUGUUUAGUGACAGGUUCAUGGGAUAAAACUAUCAAAUACUGGGAUUUAAGACAACCGCAGCCAAUUACUACACUCGCUUUACCGGACAGAGUAUAUUCGAUGGAUAGCAAAGGUAAAUUAUUAGUAGUUGGGACAGCUGAUAGAAAUAUUUGUAUUAUUGAUUUAAAUAAUCCUGGGAAUAUUUUCAAGUCCACACUUUCACCAUUGAAAUGGCAAACAAGAUCAAUUGCCUGUUUUAAUGAAGGUGAUAGUUUUGCAAUUGGUUCUAUUGAAGGACGUUGUGCAAUUAGGUUUGUUGACGAUAUGCAACAAAAAAAAUUAGGAUUCUCAUUCAAAUGCCAUAGACAAAAUCAAGGCAAUACGCCAUCAUCAAACGCAUUGGUGUACCCUGUGAAUAGUAUUGCUGUUCAUCCUAUUUAUGGCACCUUUGUCACUGCGGGGAGUGAUGGCUGUUUUAAUUUCUGGGACAGAAACAACAGACACAGAUUAAAAGCAUUCCCAAAACAAAAUUACACAAUCCCAGUUGUCUCAUUUAAUAGGCAAGGUACCGUUCUGGCUUACGCUUUAAGUUAUGACUGGUUCCAAGGACACACAGGAAAUAGGCAAGAUUAUCCUAAUGUAAUUAUAUUGCAUCCAACAUCAGAUUCUGAAGUCCUUGAGAAGAGAAAAUAG